UCCUCCAGACUGAGAGGUUCAGAGCACAGAGCUCAACUCCCACAGCUCAGUGUAAUGAUGCUCUCAGGGAUGGAUUUCAUCUCUCACAGCUUAAUACACAAACAUCAGCUGCGGUGAGUCGGGGCUUUACUCUGGCAGAGCUCCUGCAAGCUCGUGUUGUUGUUUAGUGUUUGGUGUCAUGGCAGUGUGACGAGUUCGUCUCAUGAGGCCGUGUACCAGGACAACUCGGCUUUAUGUAAACACACUUUAGUUGUUCUGUUGUUUGACAAUGAAAAGCUAAUAAUCACCUGAGGGUGAAGGAGAAACUGGAUCUAUGUGCUACUCCUGCUGUAGGAGUCUGAGAGCUUCAUUCACCAUCACCACUGCAGCUGUGUUCCUGCUUCAGCCCUACAGUGGUGUUUAACAGAGACCCCAGCCUGACCCUUCACGUCUAGACAGACGGGAAACAUGUACGAUAGUAAGGCUCGAGCCUGCCUUGGUUUUUGGGACAUGAAAAAGUGGGCGUGGCUUUAAUUUUACUGUAAAAACAAGUGCUGCGCGAAAAAAAACGUCACUAGUUCAUUAUUCUUGAUUGUUUCUAGAUACAGACUGCUAAAAGAUGCAUCAAAUCUCUAAUAGAACUUUAAUGAAUUAUUAUAAUGAUACUAUUCAUAAUCAGUGGGAAAUGUAAGGAGUGUGUGUGCAGCCUUUUCACCGCUCAGCGUUUUCAGAACGUCUUUCACACGUGCCUCAGCGAAUCAAAAACAUUAAUGUCACAUCCAGCGGAUCCUGAAUACGCCUCACUUCUGAGAUUAGAUCAGAUCUUUUUUUGGGGACAGUCUUCAGGACACUUUACCUGUCAAUCUGGCAGAUGCGGCAGUGACGAAGGUAAAGGAAUUUUUCAGGAUAAACACCACAACAUCGGCUUUCUGGGGAAGCUCUGGCCCAGACGUCUAGACAUUGCAGUAUCAGAUCCCCACACUUGACCAUUUCUCCUGCUUUUGCUGGAGAACUGUUUGUUCACCUGCUGUAUAAUUAGCUCCGCCCCUUUACAUGUGUGAAGAGAGCUGUUUUGAAGAAUGAAAGCCGAUGGAAUUCCCACCCCAGUGGUUUCAGUCUGCAGAAGAUCAGCCGCGUUCUGGACCCUCAACCCCGUUAGAACGAGUUUUUCAGUUAAAUCUCAUUUCAUCUCAUCAUCCACAUGAACUACUUCUGCAACAAGUGCGUGACAUUGCAGCAAGGACAAUGCUGAGGACAGCUCUACGACGCUGAGCCCUGACCUGUAGACUGCUGACCCUGGAUCAUGAAGCUGCAGCAGAGCAUUCUGGGUCACAGUGGUGGUGGUAGUGAGGAGAGACGUAUGUGUAUAAGAACUGAUUCCUGAGGAGAAGAGAAGCAUUAAAUACAUCUAUAUUGUGUAUAAAAACUCUUCUGGUGUUGGACAGAAGUUAAAUCAUCAUUUUGUGUUUAAAUCUUAAGGAAUGGAAAAUGUUUAUAAUAUUUAAUAAAUUAUCUCAGAGCCUUCAGUCAGUCAGGGUUCCUUUAAGCUUCUCCUACAAGCUGCCCAUUCAGGACUGGCUUGGGCUCCGACGCCCUCUGUGACCCCGUGACCCCCACCAUGGCCAGUGGGACAGCAUCAGCUGACCCAACAAAAGUGAGCCUCAUCCCUGAAGCUCCUUCCUCUCCAGAACCUUCCGCAUCCUGUGAACCAGACUCCAAACCCAAACAAAGAUCCCACCUGAACCUUUUGACUAAAGCUUCAACUGUUCCACCACCUCCACCCCUGCCUCCUCCACUUCCACCCCAGGAACACACCAUGCUCGGUCCUCCGCACGGCUCACGCAAGAAACGCAGAGUCCGCAGCUUCUACUGGAAGCCCAUUCCGGAGGAGAAGGUCCGCGGCAAACCCAACAUCUGGACGCUGGCCGUGAGACAGCAGCACUACCAGAUCGAUGUGAGAAGCGUGGAAGAGCUGUUUGGUCAGCAGGAGGAGGCACGUUCACAGACCUCCACCCGCAGUCCCCGAAUAGGAACGAGCAGAGGUUCCUUCAAGGAGAGCAAAGACGAAAUCAGCAUUUUAGGCUCAAAAAGAGGAAUGAACAUGGGCAUUUUCCUCAAACAGUUUAAGAAGUGUAAUCAGGCUUUAGUGGAAGACGUGCGUCUGGGGAACAGUACACAGUUUGGACUGGAGCCUCUGAAAGAGCUGCUCAAACUGUUGCCUGAGGAGGAAGAGAUCAGAAAGUUGAGGGAAUUUAAAGGAGAUCCAGCGAAGCUCACCAUGGUGGAUUCCUUCAUGUUUCUGUUGAUCCAAGUACCCCGUUUUGAUGUGCGAAUUGAGGCCAUGGUCUUGCAGGAGGAGUUUUCUCCAUCUUGUUCAGCAAUGAGUCGAGAGCUUAAUGUUGUACGCUUGGCCACAGAAGAGUUAAUGAUGUGUGAGGAUCUUCACGCCGUCCUGCACCUCGUCCUACAAGCUGGAAACAUCAUGAACCAGGGAGGUUAUGCAGGAAAUGCUGUGGGCUUCAAGCUCUCUUCACUCCUCUCACUAGCAGAUACCAAAGCCAACAAGCCAGGCAUGAACCUGCUGCAUUUCGUGGCCUUGGAAGCACAGAAGAAAGAUGAAAAUCUUCUAAAGUUUCCAGAGAAGCUAACGCAUGUACAGAGUGCUGCAAGGAUCUCGGUGGAAAGCAUUGAAGCAGAAAUCUCCUCACUCAGCGUCAGGAUGCAGGUUCUGGAGCAGAAGAUUCAGGAUGACGCUGAGCUGCUUUUACAAUUCAAUCCAUUUAUGCAGAGUUCGACACAAACUCUUCAGAACCUGAAACAGUGCGGGCUGGACCUGCGAAAGGAGGGCAACGUUCUUAUCGAUUUCUUCUGUGAAGACAAAGACACGUUCAAGCUCGACGAGUGCUUCAGGCUCUUUCAAGACUUCUGUCUCAAGUUUAAGAAAGCCGUGAAGGAUAAUCUAGAACGAGAGCUGAAGGAAGCUGCCAGGCAGCAGCGUCUCCGUGAGCUGGAAGAAAGGCGCAUCGCUUGGGCCGCUGCCAGCGCGGAUCUGAGCGGUAGCGGAAAUUUCGGUCGCAGCAGCAGUGAAAAUGACGUGGAUGUUCUCAACAAAGAUGGCCUUCUAGACUUCUUGAUGCAUCCCCGACCUCACAGUCCCCACAGCCCAUUGGGACGUUCUGCAAGCGCCCGCCGUUACCGCCACACAACUACAGAGCGCAACCUCCGUGGCUUCCUGGAGGUGUUUAAUGACAUUCCCAAAGCAGACAUCAAUAAAUUUAGCAGCCUUCCACGUUCAGGACGUCCUCAUCAAAGAAGGACUAUAGCCUGGAUGACCACAGCAGAUGACAACAGAGAGCUGGGGCCUCAAAACAAACUCGGUUAUGAAAACCUGGCAACUUCCCCACAGGCACAGACUGAACCAAUCAGCCCCCUGGCUAGAUACUCGGUGUCGGGCUACAUUAGGGACAUUGAUGUUUACAGUAAUAAUAAUUAUGCAGGUCAAAACAGGAACUGGGUGGAGAAAUCUCAAGAUAUAUCACACAUGAACAACAGAAUAGAAAAACACACGCUGAUAUCUGGGCCUCAGGCCUUUGAGCUGUCGAAUGCUAAUGACAAUAAUAAUAGCAGUUAUUCACCACUGGAUAACCAAGGAGUUACUGCAGAGGUAGAGAAGGAAAGGGACCCUACAAAAAAAACAACUUUCCCAGACACCCCUCCAUCUAGUAGGGGAUCUGAAGAAGCACCACAUUCUGGAGCAGUGUACGACACCCACAUGACUUCUCCCCAGAGAGAGGAGGAAGAGGAAAACAGCACGGUCUCCUCGACAACAUGUGACACGCCUUUGCCUCUUGACCCCUCAUCCAAUAAAAAAGCUAUUCUCUACGUACUGGACUGCACUGAAACGGAUUGUUCUGUUAUGUUGGACUUCUCGGAACUUGAAACUCCCCCUGUCUUCAAAGAAGAAUCACAACUUGACAUCAAGCCCCAGGACAGCAACUUCCAAAGUCUUCUUCAAGACCCUAGUUCUCUUUCUUCCAACUUUGCAUCUUUGUCCACCAAUGAUCCAUCUGUUUCUGUCGAAGAACCAUUUGAUGCAAAACCGGCAGAAGAGCUCCCAGUUACUCCAUCUGUUACUAGAGACGAGGCAGAAAGUAACAACGUUGACAUGGCGAAAAGUAAAAAGGGUGGUGAGAAGGCAGUGCAGAUGGGUAGCUCCAAACCAACCAACCUAAAAAAGGUAUUGUCUAAACCCGCUGGCACUCGAAUAGGACGUCCUGCAAGAACCCUUACACCAACCGAGACCAGACACUUGCGCAAAGUGGUGCCAAUCACCAAGGCGAGCCGUUCUGGCAGCAGUGUUAAGAGAGUAGAGAAAUCUUUGGAGCUUGAGAAGGCAGCAUCAAGACGUCCACUACGUGACCAGAGCAUGCCAGCAAGAAAAGGUGAUCGGCAGAGUAGAGCUGCUCGCCAUUCUAGCGUUCCUCUAGAGUCUAAGGCGGAAAGAGGAACAACCGCAAGUGUUGUAGCUUCUCAGUGGGCUCGAGAUCCCACUCCACACAGGCCUUCCAUAAAGAAACCGACUGCCAAACCUGUCCGCAAUAUCCCCAAACCUCCAGCAGAAGAGAAAAUGUGUCGCUCUACCAUGAGAGCUUUAGCACAGGCUCAGGCUGUUUUGGAUGCCAGUUCUCCUCAAACACCAACCCAUGCCCGGAAGUCUGCUUCACCUCUGCCGAGCUUUGCUCGCAACACUGUUGCUUUCUCUUCCAGAACCAAAAAAGACAUGGCAACGCAGCCUGCGCCAAGGACUCCACUGAAGAGCUCAACCUUAUCGAGAACUUCCUCACUGAAGGCGCCUUCUGGCAGUAGGACAAACUCUGUAUCUAGUGGACACUCAGCCCAAGGCGAGGAGAAACCAGGUGGAUCUUUAAGGAGGGUUCAGACUGUCUGGGCUUCUGGUCGAAACACUUUACGGAGUGACACACCUACACCACAGACUGGGCAGGAGCAACCACGAAAGAGUAGCAGUUUCUCCGAGAAAUCCUUCCUGCUAAAAGACUCCCCAACUGGCAAAGUUCUCAAGCCUGUUUGGAAGUAGAACUGAUAGACAAAAAAGGCAAUACAAUUUCACACACACAGAUUUUUAUUUUAUUCAUCAUCUAAGACGUAUCUGAAUGUAUCUAAAGCCUUUGACAUGUAGCUGAAGUUCUACGUAUUGAGCUAGUGUUCCAGAAGAGACUAGCUGCUGUCAAUAUUUGACAACUCAUUCUAGUGGUAGCACUUCAUCCAUAAAAGGAUGUUAACGAUGGCCUUUUAAACAGCAGACAUUCAAUGUUGCAUCACCUUCACACACUUUGAUCUCCUUUUCAAAGAUGGAGCCACUUUGAUUUGUUAUAUAACGUACUUCCUGCGACGUCACAUUAUCGUACGGCAUGUUUUUAAAAUCGCAAACGUAGCGCGAAAUACACGUGAGCGAAAUCAGGACCAGACACUCUGGUCAGGAGAGUCUUCUGGAUUCCCUGAGCUAAUGCACCUGAGAAACCUGGUUCAGUAUUUGUAGUUCAGGUUCAGGAUCAAGCUUUUCUACUGAACGAUGAGACCCAGUGCUGAGCUGGGACAAGUGGGCGGAGUUAAAAAAAGAAUACUGUCACACACUGUUGCUAUGACUACUACAACUGCACUAACGCAAUGAACCACAGACGAAUCACUUUCAGUUUAAUUAAACCACUGAUGAUGUUCAACAUAA